AUGAAUUAAAAUAAAACCCUUCCAUUUUAGCUUUGUUUCACAGGGUGUAAAAGAUGCUGUUAUCAUUGUAAUUUAGGUAAUAGUUAAUUAUAAUAUUUUAGGUUUAUAAUCAUGUUUGAUAUCAACGAAAUAAUGUUUAGUUCCUUGUUGUUAAACAAUAUGUAAUUUAAUGAAAACUGUUUGUGUUAAGUUGAAUAUUAAAUGUUCUAUCUGUUAGAAUUGUUAUUAAUCUUGUUGUUAUGAAAUGUGUAAUUGCUAAUUUAGAUGCACAAACCCUUUUCUAAUAUAAGAUUAAAUUUCAUAAGAGCUUUUUGAAAUUAUUCAAAACUUUGAUUAUAUUGGAGAGUAAUAAAUGUUUUGUUAUGGUAAUGUUCAUGUGCUUAAAGAGAAUAUAAUUUAUCCGUAUUCAUGUUAAAUUAAUAAGUAGAUCAACAGAAUUACACAGUCCAAUAAUGUUUGCAGAGAAAAUCAUUGAUCACUCUAAUAAAUAGAUGGCAAAAUAAUUAGCAAUUGAAUGGGCUCCUAGAUUAAAAUAACGAUUUCCUCACAUUUUAUAAUUAUAAUGUAUAUCUGUUAAAAUAAGAUUAGUGAUGUUAUAAAGAUAAGUUGAUGGAUUUUUUAGUAAAUAGUACAGAACUUAUUUAUUUUAUGAUUAUAUUUUAGAUUCAUUUUAAUAAGAAUAUUAAAAUCGAAUCAAAAUGGAGAAUUACUUUUCUUAAUAGGAACUACUUGCUUAUUUCUUAGCUGUACUAUCUGGAAUUAAUUAUUUAUAAACAUAAGGAAUAAAUCCAUCAUUUAUUGACUUAAAUGAAGUAUAUAUAAAUGAAACAGGAACUAUAAAACUUUUAGAUCCAUCAUUUUAUCCUAGGAAAUCUCCUAUGUAAUAAGUUAUUGAAGAAUUGUAAUAUAUUUUAAUGAUAUAUAAAUUUUAGUGCCUAGAGUAAGAAGAUGUAUGCUAAAAUAUUGAAAAGAACCAAUCAUAUUAAAUAUUACUUAGCACCUGAAUAAUUGCAAGUGUACAUUCUAAUAAUUUCUUAUUUUAGGAAAUCAAUACUGGCAAUGAUUAAACACGAUUAAAUUCUUGUUUAUUUACUCUAGCCAUUUAAAUAAUUUAAUAUGCAAUCAUGAAAAACAUGGAUGACUGUUAUUUGAAUUACACUAUCAAUUUUGAAUUAUUGAAUGAAAGGAAGACUUUAGCUAGUUAAUAUCUUAGUAUAGAUAUUAUGAUGUUACUUAAUUAAUGUUUAGAAAUAGAUCCAGAUUAACGUAUUUCAAUUUCAUUAGCAUUUUAAUAAUUCAUAAAAUUACCUGAUGUUUAAAUACUAAUUUUAGAAAUGCCAAAAGAAUUUGGAUUGGCAUAUAAAUCUUUAAUAAUUUAAUAAGAUAUAUAAUUUUAAUUUCCCUAGAUAAUUAAUGUUGAAUCUUAACCUAAUGAAUUUAAAUAAUAAUAAUAAUAAUAGUAAUAAUAGUAAUAAUAAUAAAAUAAAAAAUAAAGAAAUGCAUUUGAAGAAUUAUUGAAAUAAAAAAAUUAUAAGAUUGGAGAAAAAUAAGAAUCUAUAUUUACAAAAAUACUGAAGGAAUAAAACUAUUAAUUUGGUUAUAAAGCAAAACCAAAUGUUAGGGAAUAAUUAGAACUCUAUUCUCCUUAAGAUUCAUUUUUUGAUUAAUUAGAAAUGUAUCGUAAAUAACCACUAAUUUUAUACUAAUAAUAAUAAUAGUAAGGUUCUGUGGAGAAGGAGAUUGAAUUGUUUUAAAAAUAGGUGGAUUAAGAUUAAUAGGAAUAUAAAUUUAUAAGAGAAACAUAUCCAAAUGGUUGUAUUUAUGAAGGUUAUAAAGUUAAUAAUUAAAGGGAAGGUUAAGGUAUUUAUAAAUUUAAAAGUAAGGAAAAUAUAUUCAUCCUUCAGGAGCAUUUUAUGAAGGAUAAUGGCAUAAUAAUAAGAUGGAAGGAAUGGGUAAAUUUUAUAAUAAUGAUUUUUUGAUUUAUGAUGGAGAAUGGAAGGAUGAUGAAUAUAAUGGUUAAGGAAGAGAAUAUAAUGAUGAUCCAGAUAAUUUAGGAAAUGUUAAUUAUAAGAAUUUGAGUAAUAUUGAUUAGAUAUGGAUGACUUAUUAGGGAACAUUUAUAAAAGAUAAAAGAGAUGGAUAAGGGAAUAUUGAAUUAGUUAAUGGAGCUGUUUUUCUUGGAGAAUUUAAAAAUGGAUUACCUCAUGGAAAAGGAAAAUAUAAUGAUAAGGAUUAAAGAAUUAUAGGUUAGUGGAUUGAAGGAAUGUUUGUAAAUGAAAUUUGA